GUGUUAUCUCUAGAGUAAGUUGCAUAGCGAUUGUGAAUGACGUAAUGUUUUCAAUUUGUUGGUCGUUUGUUUAAAGUUUGUUUCUAUUAAAAUAUAUUUUGAAAUUGUUUUGUUAAUACCACGAUUAUUUUGACUUAUAAAAUUCAUUAUGGCCCUAAAGGCAGUUGUUGGACAAAAAAUUAUGAAUGAUGUGAUCAAACAAAAAGGAGUAAAAAAAGGUGCUGAAAAAGGUAUUGAAUGGCGUGUCAUGGUUGUUGAUCAACUUGCUAUGAGAAUGAUAUCAGCUUGUUGCAAAAUGCAUGAAAUUUCUGCUGAAGGAAUUACAAUUGUUGAAGAUUUACAAAAAAAGCGUGAACCAUUAACAACAUUGGAAGCAGUGUACUUGAUGUCGCCAAGUGAGAAGUCAGUUGCUGCACUUAUAAGAGAUUUUUCAAGCCCAGGAAAAUCAAUGUACAAAGCAGCGCAUGUAUUUUUUACUGAAGCGUGUCAAGAAGAGCUCUUUAAUGAGCUUUGUAAAUCAAUUGCUGCCAAAAAAAUUAAAACGCUCAAAGAAAUAAAUAUUGCUUUCCUUCCAUAUGAACGUCAGGUAUUUUCUUUGGACUCAAAAGAAACUUUUCAAUGUUAUUACAACCCUUUAUUGGUAAGUAGUCGUGUACCUAACAUGGAACGUAUUGCUGAACAAAUAGCAACUGUAUGUGCAACACUUGGAGAGUAUCCAUCUGUUCGCUAUAGAAGUGACUUUGAACGCAAUGCUGAGUUAGCACAGAUUGUCCAACAGAAAUUAGAUGCAUACAAAGCAGAUGAGCCAACUAUGGGUGAAGGUCCUGAAAAAGCUCGAUCACAAUUAAUUAUUUUGGAUAGAGGUUUUGAUUGUGUGUCUCCAGUCUUGCAUGAACUUACUUUUCAAGCUAUGGCCUAUGACCUUUUACCAAUUGAAAAUGAUGUUUAUAAAUAUGAGGCUACUGCUGGUGCACCUCUCAAGGAAGUUUUGUUGGAUGAAAAUGAUGAGCUUUGGGUUGAACUAAGACAUCAGCAUAUUGCAGUUGUUUCAACAAAUGUAACAAAAAAUUUGAAAAAAUUCAUUGAUUCAAAGAGAAUGUCAGCUGGUGAAAGUAAAACUUCCAUGCGAGAUUUAUCUACUAUGAUUAAAAAAAUGCCACAGUACCAAAAAGAGCUCAGCAAAUAUUCUACUCACUUGCAUUUAGCUGAGGAUUGUAUGAAAUGUUAUCAAGAUAAUGUUGAUAGACUGUGCAAAGUGGAACAAGAUUUAGCUAUGGGUACAGAUGCUGAAGGUGAAAAAAUAAAAGAUCACAUGCGGUGCAUUGUACCCAUAUUAUUAGAUCCAAAUACAUCCAGCAAUGACAAAAUGAGAAUCAUAAUAUUGUAUGUCUUAUCAAAAAAUGGUAUUUCUGAAGAAAAUCUAAAUAAACUUAUACAACAUGCCCAAUUAUUACCUGCCGACAAACAAGCCAUUGUUAAUUUAAAUUUACUUGGAAUCAAUACAAUUGUUGAUAGUAAUGAUGAUAAACAUCGGAAAUUAUCAAAGGGUAAUAGAAAGAAGCAAUACCAAAUACCUCGUAAAGAGCGUAUCACUGAACAAACAUACCAGAUGUCACGUUGGACGCCAGUGAUUAAAGAUUUAAUGGAAGAUUGUAUUGAUGACAAAUUGGAUUCUAAACAUUUUCCUUUCCUAGCUGGUAGAGCUGCAACAUCUGGAUAUCAUGCUCCUACUAGUGCAAGAUAUGGUCAUUGGCAUAAAGAUAAAGGUCAACAGUUAAUAAAAAAUGUACCUAGACUGAUUGUAUUUGUAAUUGGUGGCGUCAGUUUUUCUGAAAUAAGGUGUGCGUAUGAAGUUACCAGUCAGGUUAAAAAUUGGGAAGUUAUUAUAGGCUCUUCACAUAUACUUACGCCGGAAGACUUUCUCAACAAUCUUUCUGCCUUAAGUCAAUAAGUUAUCAACUACUUCCAUACAUCACAUAUUGUU